UCGAUCCAAUCAAAUUGGAUAGGACUCUAUGGGACAGGGUGUUAGCUUAGCACAAAACAAAGACGCUGACGUGUUAUCUACACUUUAUCACAGAAGAGGGUCAGACGUUUAUGGAGAUCUAAAACAUGAUUCCUGAAAAGAGGAAAACUCCAGAUUUACUAACUGCAUAUAAAAGUCUCGUGAGUUUUGGUGGAGGUCCAUGUGUCCUGGAGGAGAAGAAGGACGUGGAGACUGAAUGGUCAUCUCCCUAGAGCAGUGGCCAGGUAUCAGUUUUAGUUUAUGUAAACAACUCUUAUCACUGUUGUGUCUGAGUUCCUGUGCGGUUUCCAACUUCUAGAAGACAACCAACCCAGUCUUCGAGGGGUGGGGUGGUGAUGAUGAUGUCCAUCUGCAGGUGUCUUAUAAUGAAGCUCACAGCUGGAGGCAGCUGAUGUUGGUGGAUUUGUUCCACGUGUUCGUCCUGGUCCUGACUGGAUGAGUGAAUCCACAGCAGCCGUGGUCAGGAUCGCCACGCUGUACCUAACAUGUAGGAUGUGUCGCCUCACUGCCAGUUCAACCUGCUUUUAUGGAUCCAAACCAAAAACUAAAGAUGCUUUUCUAGCUGAGCAGCUGUGGAAGUAAAGAGAGACGAUGCUAAACGCCUCACAAGCUUCUUUCUUCUCUCUCGCUGCUUAUCUUGACUCUGGACUGUUCAGAUAUUUGUGCUUCCUCGUUGUUGUGUGUCUGUACGUUCUGAUCCUUGGUUGUAACGUUCUGCUCAUCGUGGUCAUCUGUGUGAACAGGACUCUACAUGAACCCAUGUACAUGUUUCUGUGCAGCCUGUUUGUGAAUGAGCUGUAUGGAAGUACAGGCUUGUUUCCCUCCCUGCUGAUUCAGACUCUCUCUGACCUUCACACCAUUUCUGCUCCUCUCUGUCUCCUGCAGGUUUUUAUUGUUCACUCGUACGGGGCUGUGGAGUUUUUAAGCCUGGCCGUCAUGUCGUACGACAGGUACCUGGCUAUCUGCCACCCUCUGCAGUACAACAGCAGGAUGACAACAACAAAGAUCUUCUGGCUCAUUGCUGUGAGCUGGUUGUAUCCCAGUUGUGCGAUGUUUGUCUCGUUGUCUCUGAUUUCCCCUUUGAAGCUUUGUGGGAACAGCAUCAACAAGGUCUACUGUGACAUGCACUCUGUGGUCAAACUGGCCUGUUCAGACACCGCUCUGAUCAACAUUUAUGGCCUCUGUGCUACUUUCAGCACGAUCCUUGCUGCUUUACUUAUAAUUCUUUACACCUACACUAAGAUUUUUGUUGUGUGUUUUUCUGGAUCCAGUCAGACUCGACAGAAAGCAGUCAGCACCUGCACGCCUCACCUGGCCUCCAUCCUGAACUUUUCUAUAGCCGGCAGCUUUGAGGUUUCUCAGAGCAGAUUCAACAUGAGCUUCCUGCCCAACGUCCUGCGUAUUUUUCUCUCGUUGUACUUCCUAACGGUCCAGCCUCUCUUUAAUCCUGUGCUGUACGGCCUGAAAAUGUCAAAAAUUAAGAACGCUUGUCACAACCUGAUUCUGAAUGUAGAAAACAAACAUGAAGCUGACUAGUGAACCGGUUCAGUGAGACGUGUUUAACGAUCUGAGUUUAUAGAUGAAAUAAAGCAAAUGGGGUCAGAGGUCAAGGAUCGGAUGACUGAGCUAGUAAAGAUCAAAGUUAAAUAAAACCAAAACGACGUUUCUGUCUUUGUCUGAUUUUGGCCCCGUUAGGAAACAAAGCUCUGGUGUUUUACAGAAGUCGACUUUUGAUAAAAUUAUAAAAUUCAUUUUUAUUUUUUAUUAACUCAGAAGGACAAAAAUGGCAAAAAAUUUAAAAAAACGGUUCAAAAACUUCAGCUUUGCUCAAACCUACCAAACCUUUCUUCAUGCUGAGGAUGACCUCUGACCUCUCUGACCUGCAGCAGGAGAAGGAGGCGUGUUUCUGGCUACAUGAUUGAGUCCAGGAGGCCCACUGAGCUUCUCCACGAGUCUGGAACAGAGACCAGGUCGGUUUCUAGUGGCGAACAGUAAAAACGACAGAGCCGGCCAUAUUUCUGAAAAAGCAAACAUCCUCGAACCAUGAAUGUGUUUUUAUGUUAUGUCAUGUUACGACUCAAUGGAACCUAAGAAGAGAUUCUGGUUCUGGUCGGGUUCUUCCACCAAGUCUCAGUUUCCUGAUCGGUGGAAAUCAUUGAAUUUCACACAGUCUGGACUUGUGUUUCUGUUGACCUUAGAUGACCUUUGAUCUUCAGGAACAUUUCACCCUCAGAUACUGAGAAGUACAAGAACCUUUGGUGUUCAUCUGUGAGCUCCGUCUGUGUAAUAACCACAAAACAAAUGUAUUUAAUAAAACUAAUGAAGCCCAUGCUGCUGA